GCUAGUUGUAGUUCUCUUGCACGUUGUAAAGGCAGUUGGUAUUUAAGUCCGUGUGUCCAAACUACAACCCGCAGCCGCAUCUAUACGUUUUAUCCACUGAUGGAGUUGUCAGAAGCAGAAAAGAUGGUUGCUCAACUCCGAUCGGCGCACGAUAGCAGUACGAAGCCGAAAAAUAUGUUCCUGCAUGGCGCGACGGGGAGUGAUAGUAGACGUGGAUGCUCCACAUGCGCGAAGUGGCGCUCGAAGUCCUCAAGCAACUCGUCCGGUCUGGGUCUGGCAGCGCCCUCCACAAGAUCUGCAGCGCCGAUCUUUAACACGCAGAGCUCGAGACUGCGGCAAAAUUCUUCGCCGCGUUUUCGCUCUGCGACCACCAGCCGCGCCAGCUUCUACACGUCUGAUACCCGUGCAACGAGUGGGCCUCGGUACCGGCUGUCUACUUCUACUGGCAGUGCCAGUGCUUCAACCGCAGCUGCCAGGAGCAGACCAAGGGAGCCCUGGAGUGCCACUUCCAGAGGGCGAAGCAGCUCUCGCGUCAACAUCGGGCCGUUGCUGGACGCGGCUCCGCAACAGGUGGUCCCAAGAACACUCCACCAGCGUCCUUCGCAACGAAACAAUCUGGCCCGACCUAGCUUUCUCGACGAUGACUCCCUCGAAAUACGCGGCCUCGUCGACCUUUCCGGUGCGGAAACUACGCCAACUACACUGCAUUCUUCAAGUGCUGUGGAAAUCAAGCACGAACAGCACACAAGUUUGCCGAGUUUUUCUUGGAUUUUGGACGACGCCGCAGCGAAAUUUCCACGAGGAAGCGGCGGGAUACAGUUUGUACGUGGUAGCAGCGCUGUUAGCACAACGUCGCGUUUCCUGCGUUUUGUCAUUCUCCUCGGAGUCACGCUCCUCAUACUGCUUGGCGCUCACGGCUACUUUGAAGUGUGGACGCAGCAACUCUCCGAUGCGUGCAGUGAUGCCUACCUGCGCCUGUACCUCAAUCGGAAUACCAGUAGUGCACCUCCAUCGCAAGGCGGUCAAGUGAGCGAGAAAUUCGUUCGAUUUCCUCCUCUUCAAGACCCACUUGAGGCCACCACGGCUCAGCGGGAUCUAGGCAGCGCGACUGGGACUACAAGUGUAGCCGACGAGCCCACGACGAGUUGGAGUUCGAGCGCUGCGCUCCUGCUGACGGUGCCAACCUAUGGCGCUUCGGAAAAGUAUCUGAGCGACGUCUUGUCCCAGCUGGCUGCACGAUCAGAGCAAUUCGUAGCGGCGGUCUGGUGGCUUGGGAGUAGUAGCCUUUCAGCUACCCAGGCCGCUGUCAGGGCUAGCCUGGCGUGCAGUAUCUUCUUCCUCGAGAAAUCGCUGCAGCUUUUGCGGUGGGCGCAUGACUCACUGUAGCUGGAGAAGAUCUCCGACUAGGAAACGUCACCCUGGCACGUAUGGGUUCGAGUCACCGAAACCAACGACCUUUAUUUUACUUUUUGCAACUAUCUCUUUUUACUCUGCGGAUGGGAUCUUGUAGUCUAGUUAACGUUUCAUCAUCUUGGUUUCAAUGUACUAAAAAAUGAGCUCCCCAGCUUUCCAUUUUCUGAUUCCUUAUUUGUACAUGUCCAUCCGUCAUCAAGAAUGUCAAAAGCAAAAAUAACUUACAAGAGAAAAAACUGAAGUAUGACUCUUGUUUCGCUCUAAAUGACAUCGGACCUCCGAAAAGAUAUGUCCGGACCGAAACAGGCGGCCGCUCUCUUCGAUUUUCACCCAAACGUAAGUUUGUAGCCCGUACACGCACUCUACAAAAGAUACCAGAAGCCG